UCGUUCUCGUGCGCACCUGCGAUACAUCACGAGAGUUUGUUGUCAACAACAGUCGACCUUUUAUGCAGAUUAAUUUUAGUAUUAUUUACCUAUUUCUCACACAAAAUGGAUGAUUUCCAGUCUGCUGAAGAGACGGCGUUUGUUGUUGAUGAGGUUACCAACAUAAUCAAAGAGGCCAUAGAGGGCGCUAUCGGUGGCAAUGCUUACCAGCACAACAAGGUGAACCAGUGGACAUCAAACGUGGUGGAGCAGUGUCUCAACCAGCUUACAAAACUUGGAAAGCCAUUUAAAUACAUAGUAACAUGCGUCAUUAUGCAGAAAAAUGGUGCCGGUUUGCACACAGCUAGUUCCUGCUUCUGGGAUAAUCAAACAGACGGUAGCUGCACCGUGAGGUGGGAAAACAAGACCAUGUACUGUAUUGUGUCAGUGUUCGGGCUCGCCAUCUGAUCUUCCAAAACCUCGCCCUAUAGACUUCAAUGGCUACACUCCAACCUACUCCGGUUACACUCCACCAUACAUUGAGAUUGUUUGUCAGGCUUUUGAAUUUUGAAUAUAUUACAUCUCUUUGUUAGAUUUUUUUUUUUAAAUGAAAAACCAGUUUUCAAUGUUUCAAAUUUAGUUACCAUCAUUUUAAUAUAAUUUUUCUUGCCAAAUCUCUUAUAUAAGGUCUUGUAUAAAAAAUAUCACUUUUUUUAAGGAAAUGCCUGGGAUUUUUGUUUAUAAAGUUCAGUUUCUUUGUUAAUGUUCAGAGAACAAAGAAUGUUCUAUUGUUUCUACUUUGUGAUAUUUUUGCGUUGCAUUUCUAGAUCAUUAUACAUUUACAUCAAAAAUUGUUGAAAUUCAACCUUGGUUUGAAGCUGAGUCAAUGAGCAUAGCUCCUGUUUUGCAACAGAUAUAGUACUUCAACUGUAGAGAAAAAUGAUUGGAGACGGUACAAUGUAAUUUUCUUUCAAACCAAGCCUGAAUUUCUUCAAUUUAUGUCAUUUUUUAUUGCUUGUAUUUAUUCAAUGUGUUAUGUAUCCAGUUUGUAUGACAGGGAACAUUGGAAGAAAAUUUUAAGUGUGUUCUUAAAGAUUGAUUGCUGUUGUGUACAAUAUCAGUAUUUGAGCAAAAUUGGUAAGAAAACCAAAAUCUUAUUAAGGAGAUACUAGUAUUGUGUUAAAAUGAAAAAAAGGUUAACAAUUUCGGACAUUAUUCAACAUCAUUAGUUUAGUCAAGUUUAAUAUUUUUCCAUCUAUGUUUAAGAGAAAUUUACAGAAAUAAAAAUCUCCAAAAAUAA